GUUUGACCAGCGUUCCCCAACAUCAAUGGCGGCGAUAUCCAAGGUGCUCGAGGACGAUGACCUCCUCAGUGAGAUCCUCCUCCGCACCGUCUUCACCACCACCCUUCUCAACUCCGCCCUCGUAUGCACACGCUGGCUCGCCCAUGCUUCCAACCGCGCCUUCCUCCAUCGAUUUCGUGAGAUCCACCCGCCCCGCCUUCUUGGCUUCUACAUCAACAAAGCCUCUAGCUUGGGCACCUAUCAAAGAGUACCGUCGGUACCAACCUACAUCCUUGGUUGCCGGAAUGGCAACGUCCUCAUUAGGCAGCAUGAUAAAAUUGGAACCACGUUUGCGGUACACAACAUGGUGUGUCCUGAGAGAGGCAUGGACAUCCUCCCACCGUUUCCACGCCCCCAAUCUCCGUACUUAUUUGACGGUACUGCUUACUCUAGAAUCAUGUCCAAAGAAGAGGGUGAUGCCUUGUCUUACUUGUAUGUGUUGAUGCACCAAACAACGGAUGGAAAACACAGGGUAUACAUAUAUAUCUUGAAACAUGGCAUAUGACGCAUGAAUCAUAGCUUGAUCAUACAGCAGCCCCCUCGUCCAUGGUCAGUACUUAAAUCUGUGUUGUCCAACAAUAAAAUCUAUGUGCCAGCUGGCUGGAGCAACAUUAUUGUCUUGGAUUUGGCGGCCUCAAGUUUCUCCAUAAUUGAGCUCCCAGAAGGGAUGGAGUAUGGUGAGAGAAACACCAUAUUGUCACAGGCCGAUGAUGUUGCUGGUGUAUAUCUUAUCCAUGUCAAGAAGUUUCAACUUCGCAUCUGGCUCCACAAUGGGUACACAUGGUUACUGAUGGACACCAUUUAUUUGCGUGAGAUGUUUGCUGAUUUUAGUGUGUCAGAUAGCAAUGCUUCUCUCCUGAUAAACCAGGCAGGAGACAAUGCUGAGUUUGUGUUCUUGGACAUGGGUCGAUGCACAUUCCUCUUGGACAUCAAGCGUAGAACAAUGCAUAAGGUGUAUGAGAAGGAAGACGGUGAUAAAUUUUUCUGUGAAAUCCAUCCUCUUAUGAUGAUCUGGCCUCCCGUAUUUCCUGCACACAAGGGUGAUCCUACAAGAAAUGGCAUGCUCAGGCUGAAGAUCAAGGAUAUGGAUGGACACUAGCUAUCUCCACUACCAAUAAACUGGAGCUCCAUCGUAGAUGAGUUGAGAAUAAAUGCAAACCAAAGUUUCUCCUUAGUUGUGAUGGAUGACAUGUGACAACUUGGAAA